AUGAAGGUCUUCUUCGCUUUUUUGACUCUUGCUGCCUCUACAAUCGCGGUCCCUCUCACUGAGCGAAGCACCUGUUCAAGCGACCAGGUUGUUGUUUGCAGUGGUAAUGGCGAUGGUGGCCUCAUCUCCCUGGGAAAUAUCGCCACGGGCCUCCUAGGCGAGAGUUGUUCUGGUGGCGAUGUCUACUGCUGCUCCGAGGAGGACGUGAAGCAGAUUGGUCUCGUCAACCUGAACCUGAAUGCCCAAUGCAGCCUGAACAACGUGCUGUGA